AUGCCAGGUGCACCACCCAACGAUACAGAAAACCGGUUUUGGAGGUGGCAAACGUUUCACACGGAUCAAGGCGCUGCAACCACAAUCAACCCCAAUGAGCAAUUCAACGCUGUUAUCAAGAAGGUCGCCCAGUUGUUGGAAUGCAGCAGCCAUUUGAUCAAGUCGCCGGGGAUCCUGAGCAGGUUGAAGAAGAAGAGCGACCUCAAGCACGUCGAAUUCAAAACAACAUUUUCGCGGCUCCAGCAACUAUAG